AUGCGGACCUUGGUGGAUGCGCCUGUGCUACCCUACCCCAACCCGUGCCUCCCUUACCUGCUGGAAACCGACGCUAUUGCCGAGGGAGUGGGGGCCGUGCUGUCUCAGGUCAAGGACGGGCAAGAGCGGGUUGUGGCUUACUUCAGCACCAAGUUCUCGAAGCUGGAGAGGAACUACUGCAUGACGAAGAGAGAGCCUAAUGUUAUGUGCCAGCGUUUGCAGGUUCUGAGAGGUGCAGGAGUGGCCAUAAUCCACUGGCUUAAGGCUGGCGAGGGACGGCCGUGCUGGGAGCAGGUGUCACCCGAGACCUCCGCUACCAAGUGCCUGAUGGACCAGUGGGAGGAGCUACGCUCAGAGGAAGGCGUGCUUCAGCGGCACUGGGUGGACACCGGAAGGAGCGAGAACAGCUGGGUGGUGGUACUACCGCACGCCCGACCGGAGGAGCUGCUGAGGGAGACGCACGAGGGAAACACCAGUGGCCACUCAGGUGUUGAGAGGACGCUGAACCGGCUUCGGCAGCGCGUGUACUGGACUGACUUGAGAGGGGCAACAGAUUCCUCUGGCCACUUCACGAAGUGGCCGGAGGCCUGUGCCCUUCCCAAACACGAAGCAGAAACUAUGGCAGAGUUCCUUGUCAGUCAAGUGUUCACACGCUUCGGGGUGCCAGAUGAGCUCCAGUCAGGCCAACGGCGGGAGUUCGAAUCGCGGGUCUUCAAGGAGUGCUGUCGUGUCCAUGGUGUAAAGAAGACCCGCACUACGCCCCUGCAUCCCCUGUGUGACCGGACUGUGGAGCGGUACAACGCCACGCCGGUGAGCCAGCUGGCACGGUAA